UUACCUGAAACUUGUUGCUAUGAAAUAAAGCAAUUUCAGCUCGUUUGAUAACUAUUCACUUUUGAAAGUAAAAAACGAAGUCACUAAAAUGAAAGGAAUGUUCUCAACUUUCAUUUUAUUCUUUGUGUUGAUGAUGGUAUGGAGUGUCCGCGCCGAUACGACCAAUAGACCAUUUUAUAUUGACCAGUACUGCAGUGUAAAUGAUCUUGACUGUUUUGGUAAAUGUUUUAAUAAUCCCGAUAGUUCACAGAAUCUGAAUAUCUUUUACAAUUGCCUUCGGGAUCAAACCUCUAUAACAGGAUCAAAAGGAAUAAAACAGUUUCUCUGUCAAACUGCCACAGAUGAGCAGUUAAUAGAAUUUGAUGAAUGUGUACACCACGACAAUCCUCAAUCAGCUAUUUUUUUUCUACAAGUUCAGUGUUGCAUUCAAACUUGUUUCCCACGUCUCGUUGUUUAUGAUAUUUGUCGUUUUGUAAGUUAACAUUUUGGAUUUUUGUUAACUGCUUUUUCAGCGAAAUUUUACGUAUUUUAACGAAAAAUGUAUUAAAUUCUUCUUUAAAUUUAAAUGUAAUUCAAAUAUUUAAAAGAAA